UAAUUUUACCCAAACACAUACCUAUAAAUAGUCAAACCAGAGAAACUGAUAAUUUUGCAGUGGUAUCUAGUUUUUUCCAGAGCUGUAUAUCCUUAUAGUCAAAUGCAUUAGGCAUACUUGUUUUCUUUAGAUUUUGGGGGGUGGUUAAAAUUGUACAGUUAAAACGUACAACGGCCAUUGAAUAACACAUAAAAUAAUUAUACAGCACUUUGUGGCCCUUAUUAAACUAUAUUAAUUUGUAUUUGCCAAUUUGACGAGAUUCACUGUAGAGCUUAGUUUGAUAUAGCGCUGUCAGUAGGUGAUGCUCAAACACGACUCCCCUUUCUUUCAUCUGCAUAAAUCUAGAAGUGUCUGAAAUAACAUUCAGGAAGUAAAUCAGUCUGCUGCUUUUAGGAGGGCAACUUUCAGAGCUGCAUGUCUAGCAAAGCAACUUUGUGUCAACAACACAUAAGAUCCUCCAGCGGCACUGGACCCGGGUUGUUCUGACAGGUCUGAGAAGCUUUCAUUACGCUUGAACUCUGGUAUAUCUUGAACCUGCUCUGUGACUGUCAACCUAUAAAUAUUUAAACCAAUGGUAUAGUAUACCGCGUACAGGGGACGCACAUGGGGAUAAUAUUACAAUAUUUUUAGGUGGGUGCUUAUAUUUGUCCUGUUUCACACAUGUACAAGUGUAUUAAUACGCAUGUGUGAAUUGGAAAAUGUUUUUUUUUUGUAUAUCCCAACUCUCCCUGAGACACCCUACGAUAGUGGGGUCAUUAUCAAAGGUCUGACAUUAUCAACGGCGACCGUGGAGCAAUUAGAGUUUAGUGCCUUGCUCAAGGGCACAUCGACAGAUUGUUUACGUUGUCGGCUCAGGGAUUCAAACUAGCAUAUACACUUUUAAUCUCCUUAUUGAUAAGAAAACAUUUGAGCCUUUUAUCUUAACAUGUGGAUGAGUUGCAUAAAAACAGCACGCUGUCCCAAUUUAUAGCCAAGCGCAUGCUGUUUUAAUUUUUGUUGGCGAAAAAGGUAUUUAAUUUCCUUUAUUAGAAUACCCUGAAGUUGGCUGUACAUUUAUGACUCAGUAACGUUAGCUUGGUUUUUCAUCCAAUUUGCGAAAGAUUUUCUUGCGAAUAUUUGUUGUGGGGUCCUCCCACUAUGACUCCAGAAAGCAUGCCGUUUAUUAGGCUACAGAUGAAAUAAAUGCUGAACUUCACAGGGUGGUGGAAGUGCACGUUGAUGUGCUUGAUGCUGAUUUCCGAUAAAUACCGAUGGUCUUAUUCUGGUGACAUGAUGAUCGAUGCUUGGCUGCCUUUAAUAUGUAGGGAGGCUACCUGCACUGUAUCUGCGAGCUGUUGGCUAGAGCACACAUACCAAAGACCAGAGUGGGCACGAUCGCUAUAUAACUCAACAUUGUUUGUGACAAAGCCAUCAGUAGAGUAGAAAAUGUGAUGGAAACCCAUUUAACUUUUUAUUCGGAACAUGGAAAUGUAAUGUGCACUUUAUGCGCACAGCCUUUUGUCCGCAACAAAUCAAUUUGAAUAAAAACACAUCUCUGGUGGGAAAAUGCACAUAUUGUUUUAUGCAGAUUUUAGGAAAAUCGCAUCCAAAUCUGUCGCUAAUUGGAUGGAAACCUAGCUAGUGGCUGCAUGUAAUGAACAUAAUGGCCUUCGCCUCUGUUGAAGGAGUGUGUCAAACUUCGUUAAUCCUCUCCUUUCAUUUGAAAAUGCGUGCUGGAUCCAUGGCACAAUACAGCCUGAACUAUACAAUAUAGCCUGAACUAUAUGCAUCCAACCUUUUUAUGUGAGUAAAGUAGAUGUCGGAUAAAAAAUGUCAUGACAGACCUGACAACAACAAAAAAACACUAAACAAGGUGGGAUCUUUUUGUGUCGGUAAAAUGUAUUACGCGAAAAAUGCUGUCGGAAACUAUUUCAUGCCAAAUAUUUAUAUAAUAGGCCAUCAAAUCAAAGUCAACUUGGAGUCACGUGGUGACUUGGCGCUUGACGCUCCUUUCCAAUAAAUAUCGAGGGUCUUAUUUUGGUGGCAUGAUCAUAGAUGUUAGGAUGCCAUUUGACAAAUAAAAAUAAUCGCAUCAUGUAGGCCAUAUACCCGCACUGUAUCUUUGAGCUGUUGGCUAGAACGCACGUGCGAAUACCAGCGUGGGCCUACUAACUUUAUAGGUUCGCAACACAAUCUCACACUCAAUUUGUGCAAAUAUGUCUCAAAAGUAUUUCUGCAGAUUUUGUGCUUUUUUUGUGUGGCUUAAUUCGUGUGAAAAUAAAACAUUUUGUGUAACUUAAUUUUUAGGAAAAUACACACAUUUUUGUGCGACUUAAUUCAUUGGAAAAUAAAAAUGUUGGUGAAAACUUUGGAACAAUCUUCUGAAAGUUAUUGGAGUAAUGCAUUUUGGACACUGCCUUUUUUUUGUGUCCCACAUUUAUAUAAAAUAACAAACGUGUUAACAACCCAAUAGUGUUAAUCAACCAUGUUGUAAAAAUUGUAUUUGUCUAGUUGUUGUUGUUGUUGUGGUGUUGAUAUUUGAUUGAGGAAUGGGGAUCCAUUUUCAGAAUGGGAAAUUAAUUCAUCAAUAAAUGUGGGGAAACAAGGAACUGCAAAAAAAAAGUAUGUUUGGUUUAAAUUCCCCUGGGGCAACUGCAUGGUAUUUGCAGCAAUAAGGAGUCUGGAUGGUGAUCAAUUAAGUCAUAUCAAUGCAGUUAAACAGGUUCAUGUAAGAUCAUGAAUUAUGUUGACUUGCACUUAUGGCGUUUCCAAGGCCAUUUUAUGAUGAUGAUUAAGGUCAUGUCAAUCAUGUUAUACACUUAGGAUAUUGUAACAAGGCAUAUGUCAGCAUCGUAGGCCUACUGCCUCAGCCCAGAGGCCUACUAGGCUUUCAUGGCAACAGCCGUUAGAGCUCACUUUGCCACGUCUGAGCCCUGCUUGGAGUCCCUGUUGCAGCUUUCACUUUCUUCCGUUACAUUGGUGGCAGCGUUGGGAUCACGUCCAGCUCACGUCUAGUUAAUCGAUCUAGUGGUGGGAAGCAUUCUGUUCUUCAACAUUGUGUUGGGUGUAAUUACAUUGAUAUAUCAAGUGAACAAUGGAUAAGCAACAAUGGGCAUGACGGAUAGAAGUAGUCACUACAGGUGUGAUCAAGCCUUACAUCAAAGUUGCCUGAAGCUGAAUGGAAAGUGCUAUGCCCUGACCAGUUAUUCAGAAGAACAUCCUCUGUUACUGUGUAAUUUACAUACGUUAACUUACCAGUGUGGACCCAAAACCAACACAUUCUACACAUUUACGAACUGCCUGUUUAAAUGUUAUUACAACCAUGGUGUUAUAUAUCGAAUAACCUGACAAUGAGCCACACCAUAUGGGUAGGCAAAUCAUGUAAGUGUGUCAUGCAGCAAAACACAAAUAUCCUUUUUUUGGGACGCAAACCAGUAAUAUGAUCUGUUGAUCCAUCCUGUUCUGAUCUAAUGAGAUGGAUGGAGGAUUUUCUACGGCCUAGAAUUGAGGCCUUUCCCAGUCAUGAUGGACGAAGCUAGGCACCUCUUGGUUCUCAUUGGUGGGGUUAUAUGUUAAACUCUCCUAUACCACUUUGCCCAACAUGUUAUACCCCAGAGGUUGUAAAUAAACUAUUUUUAAGGUGAUAUAACUUGUUUUAUUAUAGGGCUGUGAAACCCAUAGCUUCAGACUGAAUGGCUUCAGACUGAAUGGCUUCAGACUGAAUGGCUUCAGACUGAAUGGCUUCAGACUGAAUGGCUUCAGACUGAAUGGCUUCAGACUGAAUGGCUUCAGACUGAAUGGCUUCAGACUGAAUGGCUUCAGACUGAAUGGCUUCAGACUGAACAUUUCUCACUGGAAAUGUCUGUUGACAUUGAACAUAGCUUAGGGUUAUGGUAUUUAAUUCAUUUCAGACUCUCCUAUGCCACUAUUCCUAUAGGUUGUAAAUAAAUCCUUUUUAAUACUUCUUAAGGAUCGGACCCUUCAUCUCAAUUUCCGCCUAAAAUGACAUACCCAAAGCUAACUGCCUGUAGCUCUGGACAUGAAGCAAGGAAAUGCAUAUUAUUGGUACCAUUUGAAAGGAAAAACUUUGAAGUUUGUGGAAAUGUGCAAUUCAUGUAGGAUAAUAUAACACAUUAGAUCUGGUAAAAGAUAAAACAAGCAAAAAACAUGCAUUUUCCAUAUUUAUUUAUUUUUGCAUCAUUUUUGAAAUGCAAAAGUAAGGCCUUACAUUUACCUAGGAAGAUGGGUGUAAGUUAGAUGUUGUCCACAAGACGACAUCAGUCUGUGUGUACAGUUUGAUACAUUCAAGAAUGAGAACUCUACAUAAUAUUUUGUAUCAAGUCUCCCAGGUGUCCUUCACAAAUUUGCCCAAAUGUACCCAGAAGGCUGAAUUGUUACAUAUAUAAAUUUCCAAGUACAUAACUAUAGAGAACAUAAACAAAAUGCUAUGGCAAUAGACAAUUAAAGUUUACACACUCCAGGAAUGUCAUACAUGAGGAAUCAUUAGCCUCCCUACAUAAAAGGUACUAACCUUCACACCUCUAGAUGGCCGGGUGUGGGUGGGUGUGGAGCCAGAGACAGCAGAGGGGUCAGACUGGAGAAGCCAGUUCCUAAAUUUGAAUGAGUGGGGGUUGGAGUACUUGAAGGAGGUGUCUUCUAAGUUGGCUCCCACAGGUUAACUUACUCUCUACCACUAUUGAGGUACAACAACAACAAAAAAUCAGUUAGAACUCAAGUUUACUAUUACUUAUUUUAUUUAACCUUUAUUUUAGCAGGGGGGUGAGCAAUGCAUCAAUACAUCAAAUACACAACACAUAUCUAGAAGCAUAUACACUUCAAAAGUUUGGGGUCACUUAGAAAUGUCCUUGUUUUUGAAAGAUAAGCACAUUUUUUGUCCAUUAAAAUAACACCAAAUUGAUCAGAAAUACAGUGUAGACGUUAAUGUUGUAAAUGACUAUUGUAGCUGGAAACGGCUGAUUUUUUUUUAAUGGAAUAUCUACAUAGGCAUACAAUCCAAGUUGAUCAUUUUAAAAGGCUAAUUGAUCAUUAGAAAACACUUGCAAUUAUGUUAGCACAGCUGAAACUGUUGUUCUGAUUAAAGAAGCAAUAAAACUGGUCUUUAGACUAGUUGAGUAUCUGGAGCAUCAGCAUUUGUGGGUUCGAUUACAGGCUCAAAAUGGCUAGAAACAAAGCACUUUAUUCUAAAACUUGUCAGUCUUGUCUUGUUCUGAGAAAUUAAGGCUAUUCCAUGCGAGAAAUUGCCAAGAAACUGAAGUUCUCGUGCAACACUGUGUACUACUCCCUUCACAGAACAGCGCAAACUGGCUCCCAGAAACUGGUUCCCAGAAUAGAAAGAAAAGUGGGUGGCCCCGGUGCACAACUGAGCAAGAGGACAAGUACAUUAGUGUCUAGUUUGAGAAACAGACACCUCACAAGUCCUCAACCAGCAGCAUCAUUAAAUGGUACCUGCAAAACACCAGUCUCAACGUCAACAGUGAAGAGGCUCAACGUAAGGCUACUAUUAUUAUUGUUAUUUUGGUGACUACUUGGUUGAUUGACAAUGUUGGGUUGUUAGCAUGUUUGUUUUUAUUUAUAAAUAAAUUUGGGGCACACACAAAAAGGCAGUGUAGAACACCAUUGCCCAUCAUGCAUUGUUCUAACAACUUUCAAAAGAUUGUUCCGAAGUUUCCCCCCAAAAUGUAUUUUCCUAUGAAAGAAAUCACACAAAAAUGUAUCUUUUCACGCUAAUUAAGCCACACAAAAACGCACAAAAUCUGCUGAAAUACUUUUUGUACAUACUUGCACGAAGUGAGUGUGCGAUUGUGUUGCGGCUAAAGCAAAAAUGUUGGUAAGAAAACUCAGUAGAAAACUCAGUAGAGUUAAAAAUGUGCUGGAUUUUUUUAUUCGGCACAUGGGAAUUUAAUCUCAAAAGGUAUUUUUAAGUGCACUACAUCACGCACAGCCUUUUAUUCGCAACAAGUAGCCUACAUUUGAUGGAAACACAUAUCUGCCUAAGGUUCUUCGAAAAACUUUGAGGAGCUUACAAGAACCCUUUUUGAACCCCUAUUUUAUUUCGUGUGGUAAGAAAAUGCUAAUAUUGUUUUUAUGUGGAUUUGUGAAUAUUUGCAUGGAAAUCUGUCGUCAGUUGGAUGGAAACCUAGCUAGUGUCGUUGAUUCAAUCCUUCAAUUUUGGGAUUAUAUUGAACAUUUCAAUAGGCAAACACUUGUAUUUUAAAAACAAAGAAGUUAGCCUAGUAAUUAUAAAUAUUUCAGCAAUUAUAUUUGUUUGUACCCUACUCCAUAAAAUAAAAUGAGCCUAUUACAGAAAACCUUAUGCACAUAAAACAGCUGAUAACCCAUAAUUACAAAACAUCUGGAAAAAUACACCAAGGACCUGUUUCAUAAACUGUGCAUAGAGGUAAAACAAAUAAAUUAGAUGACUGGUUAUUUAGUUUGAAUGGGGACACCUACAAGAAACGCUCUACCAAUGCUCCUUGUGUGGAAAGAGUUUUACCAAGUUAGGGGGCCUGAUUAUGCAUGACAGGACACACUCAGGAGGGGAUAAAACCUACCACUGCUCCCAUUGUGGAUAGAGAUUUAACUACAAAACAUUGAAUGUAUAGGCCUGAUGCUGAAUAAUGAUAAAUGGCCUCAUAAUGUAUGUUUAUUCAUAUAAACAAACAAUAAUAACUGAUAGGCCUUGCAUUGGUGUUGCCAAAGGCAUUCAUAAGAUUUUGGGUGGCCUAUCAGAUUUAAUAACCUCAACUCUUAGAUUUUUUUUGUGCUAUUAUGUUAAAUUAGAAGUCUAUAUUUAAUUGCAUUCAACGUUUUUCCAUUGAAAUGGGUUAAUGUACAAUGAUUUGCUUGGAUUAUGCUAAGCAUUUCAAAUAACGUUUGUGGUUUGAUGAGUUGAAUAGAUUUUCUAGGCUGCUAUGUGAAAGAGAAAGUCAAAUUGCACCACAAUUUGGGCAAUGGUUAACUCGCGUCAGUGUAUCUUGUGUUUUUAUCGGUAGCCUGUCUUAUCUCCUCCAACCCAAUGCAAGGUCCGGAUGCAGCGGUGAUGUUUCUAAUCGACAGAGGGCAUAUGGCGCUUUGAUUUCCUGCAAGUCACUGGUGUUUUUUCUACUGUAUCAUGGUCUGGAGGACCUGCCUGCCUUCCUGCGCAUGAUAGAGUACUUCUGCAUUAACUGACAGAGAAUUAACUGAAAACAUGCUAUGUCAUAUGAGCCUGGUCUUAAACAAAAAUGAGUGACUAUUAAAUAUUUUAAGUUUAUUGCUGUCAGCACUUUAUUGUCUCACUUCAAAGUUCAUAAACGAAUAGGCCUAAUCAAUUAUUUAGUCUUUGUAGACUAAAUGGUAUCUGCUAUAGGGCCAGCAAAUCGUACCAACAUUGCUAUUUCGUUUUUCUUUAUUUGUUCUUACUAAUUUAAUUACUUUUUUAAAUGUUCUACCUAAUUUCAAAGACAAUACAGGCCUAUACACAUGUUUUGUUUGUUAAUAAUUUCACCUGUCGAAUGUGAAAUGUUUAUCAAAUGGAUAGGUCUGUCAUGUAUGGACAUUGAAAUUAUGUCUUUUCACUGCACCAAUACAACAAUUUCAAUUAUUCUGAAUGGCACCGGCCAGCGGCUGGUUGAAACGUUCUAAAUGUGACGUACAGAUAGAUAGUCUCGGUCCCACUGGUUGUCUGGCGUGUGAGCUCCAGCUGAAUGCGCUCGCUGCAUGCCUUAUUGUUCUGUGCGUAAUUGGGCCAGAACAGGUAAUCAGCGGUCCCACUGUGCAGACAGGGAACAGACGUAUCUGUUUACUCACUGAGCAUAUUAUAAUAAUGCAGGAAAUACGAAACUCCAGUGGCACCGCAGGCAGACGUGUGCAGUUGUCUGCAGCUAUACGCCUGUAUGUAUUGAGACACCGACCAAAUUGAUGGUUGAAAAUACACUUGUGAAGGACGCAAAACAAUUCAAUGCCGAUGCAGUGUUAUCAUGUCAUGCAUGAGUCUUUUAACGACAUUUCUUCAUUCUACAAAAUGCUAUAGACUAUACUAUAAACCAGUGAUGGGCUAUUCUGUGACGUGACUAUUUGGUCACAUCCACGUCCAUACUUUGCCUACUAUUCUCUGAUUCUCAUUCUCGUUCAUGUGCAAUCGAUGACGGUAAUAUAUGGAUCCUCUACCAUUAUCAAGCACAUUCUACAUGUCUCAUGAUGGCGAACGUGUGGCACGGUCCAUAGCAACCCUGACUGACUGGCACCCUGCUGCUGCAUACCGCGUUUCCUCUUUCCCCUGUCCUGUACUGCAGCUAAGGAUAGGGAGGGAUUAAGUAACACAUUGAUAAAGCAGUGUAUCACUUAUCCUGAUUGAUAUGGGUUGUAAUUCCCCCAGUAGAGAUACAGGCUGAUCCGUGAGAUGGAGCUGCCUGGAGAGCAGUUGGUUCUGGAGGCGGACCAAUCAUAGACCCCUGAGCUGCAGCAAACUGAGGAGGAGUUUCCUCUAGCCUAGGCACCUGUCCCUGAAAGGUCCCCACAACACCUGGCAGACGGGAGAGGGCGUGUGCGCAUGCUUCACCCCCAGCUAGAACUCUCUUAAAGUUGACCACACAUUGUCAACCAAUAGUCUUCUAAUAUUUUCAGGAAUAAAACAGCAGCACCGCAUCCCAGGAACAGAGGAGCAGAUUGCUGUUGGAUCGCCAGUGAUUUUGGAUAUUAGCAAAGGUCGAACAAGGAGAGUGAAAAUGCCUCGGUCCUUCUUGGUGAAAAGUAAAAGGGCGCACAGCUACCACAAGCCCCGCUCCUUAGAAGAUGACUACAAUCGUCUGGAUACUAUCUUAGCUCAUAUAUGUGCAGAGAAUAGUACGAUUCCAGAGGACUUGGAUGCCUUGACUGGCGGCGAUGCCAUCGCCGGGCUCUACCCGGACUCUCACCUGGCUGACACGGCUGAUUUCUCCAAGUCCCCGCUCAGCUGUGGGGACAGUGUGUGCGGUCCAGUCUCGGAUUAUGAAGACUUCUGGCGGCCUCCGUCGCCCUCAGCAUCACCAGUAGAUUCUGAUAAAUCCCUGUCUCCCUCCGUGGACGAGACACAACCCUUUGCUGUUCCAUUCCGGCCCUAUGCGUGGAACAGUUACUCUGGUUCUGACAUUCGGCACCUGGUCCAGCAAAGUCUCCACCACCAGCACCACCAUCCCAUGGACCUGGACCGGAGCCCGGCUCUGGGUUACCAUGGUGACCGGGCCAUCGAACCGACCCUCUUCGAGGGAAGCACUGGACCUGAAAAUUACAGUGAUUACAGGGCCGCUGCCUGUUUGUUCGAUAGAGCCACCGCCCCCGGGGUCGGAUUGUACUCGGAAGCGAACCUGCAGGGGAAAAGCUCAGAAAUCAAGGCUGAGUCUGACUUACUCUGCUCACGGCUCAUUCUGAAUGGUGCCUACAAGUGCAUCAAAUGCAGCAAGGUGUUUUCGACUCCCCAUGGGUUGGAGGUUCACGUUCGCAGAUCACACAGUGGCACGAGGCCCUAUGGUUGUGAUAUAUGUGGCAAAACCUUCGGACAUGCUGUCAGCCUCGAGCAACAUAAAGUUGUGCACUCUCAGGAAAGAAGUUUUGAUUGCAAAAUCUGUGGUAAAAGCUUCAAAAGGUCGUCGACUCUCUCCACGCACCUCCUCAUCCACUCUGAUACACGGCCUUACCCAUGCCAGUAUUGCGGGAAGAGGUUCCACCAGAAAUCGGACAUGAAGAAACACACAUUCAUCCACACAGGUGAGAAGCCGCACAAAUGCCAGGUGUGUGGGAAAGCGUUCAGCCAGAGCUCCAACCUCAUAACGCACAGCCGGAAACACACGGGCUUCAAACCGUUCGGAUGCGACCUCUGCGGCAAGGGAUUCCAGAGAAAAGUCGACUUAAGAAGGCACAAAGAAACCCAGCAUGGACUAAAAGCCUUAAACUAAAAUAAAAUAAUGGACACCAAACACUAUUCAACAAACCACUUUUUUGGAAACCAGAAAUAAGCUAGUUAUCCAUUCCUCAAACAUGUUAGACUAUGACAUACUGGUGGAGUAUUGUAGAGGCUUUUGUGCAGUAUAGGUUAAGACAAAACCGGUUUGAACCAGGGAGGGACAUUAUCUGAACCCAAAAUAUUAGUACAAAAUAACCGGAUAGGCAAUAUAACCACCAAGAAAGCGCAAAAACAAAAACAACAGACGAACAAUUUCCAACGGACAGUUGGGAAAACAGCCCUUGUCUAAAGAAUGUCACUUUGUUUUCAGUUGGACGCCAUGGAUGCUGGCACAACAGUCACUACAACAAGGCUAUGUGAUUUAAUAAACAAAAGGGUUGUGCUUUUAUUUUAUAAACCAGAAAUGUUUUCAUUUUUUCAUUUUCGUUCUUACAAUUCAAAUUGCACAUUUGUAUUUUAUAUCAACCAGACUGUAUAUCCAGAUGUCGUUUACUAUAAUGCCUAACCUUAUUUAUUGAUCAGAUUAUCAUUUGAAUAAAAUAUGAAAACUGUAAUCCAACAUAUUUUGAGAGUUUUGUUUAUUUUUAUUUUGUUUCGUAGCCUACUUCAAGGUGUUUCAAGCAGCAAAAGCCACGGAUUACUCAAAUACAUAUCACUGUCAACCCCAAUACAUUUUUUACUCAAAUUUUAAGUCAAAUAGUUGUAGUAAAUUCAACUCAAACUCAACUGAAGUCAUUAUUACUUCAAAUGUUUGUGGUACUGACUAAAAACGAAAUAAGAAGUGACAUGAACUGUAUUUGUUUAAGUUAUGAUCCAGAUCCAGAAAUCCUUUUUGGAAGAUUCCUGGAAAUCCUUCAACCAGUUUUUAUUGAAAAUCUGGGAAUUCUGGGAAAGAUAUUGGAAUUUUGCAACCUUUCUUCCAGGCCUCAUGUGGCCUGUAAAACCAUGAAUUUCAGGCAACUGCAUUGGGGUAAAGAUACGUCUCAAAAUAUGGCCUCAUGAAAUAUGUCAUGUAUUGUCAUAAAGAUAAAUUAUAAUGAUAACAUUCGCCUAGGAACUCACUUGGUGAAGGCAACAGGACAGAAAAUGUCAAUAACCAUGUCUCAUGCCAUUAACAAAUACGGUCAUGGGUGGUAACUACAAUUCAUUCACUCGAAAAGGCAAGGCACACUGGAAAAUUACAUUGGAGGCAUUGCUUAGUGAGGGCGUUACUCAAAAUGUUCAAAAUGAUACAACUCAAAUGUGGACCCCCUACACAUGGUCACAGUGACUAUCGGUUUGAGUAAUCAUUUUUAAUGAACUGUACUCAGAUAUAGAUGGCUUUUUCAACAGUUUUGAGUCAUGACAGCACAUUGGGGUUUACCGUGUAGGUCAUUCUGAAUUCUUAGA